AAAAGUUUGAACUGAGUUAAAGCAGUGCAAAUCUCUAGAUUCCGUCGCUUCGGUUACGAAGCUCAAGUUUCUUCUGGAUCCUGUCUUGAAGUCUCUCGAGUCAUGUCACUUCCCCGGACGCUGGGCGAGUUGCAGCUCUACCGUGUUUUACAGAGAGCAAACCUGCUGAUGUACUACGAGACCUUCAUCCAGCAGGGAGGCGAUGAUGUCCAACAGCUGUGCGAGGCUGGCGAAGAGGAGUUUCUGGAGAUCAUGGCACUAGUUGGCAUGGCCACAAAACCCCUUCACGUGCGACGCUUGCAGAAAGCCCUGCGCGACUGGGCAUCGAACCCAACGCUGUUCAACCAACCACUGGCCACCAGCGUGGCCCCCAGUGGAGUCCCUCUCCUCAGGAUCGACAGCACCAGUUCUGCUGGCUCGGUUAUGGGUGCAAGAAAAUCUUUAAGCAAUGGUCAGCCAGGCUCUCCAUGUGAAAGAGAAGAGGUGGGGUCUUGCCUUACGCCGCUCAGAGAUAACAGUCCGAGGAGUCCCUGUUCACAGGCUUCUCCUGUUCCUCCAGACCUUCUGUACAGAGAAAAACUGUCCCCCAUGGACCCUCACUGGCUCAGCCCUGAAAUGUAUGGAGCUGGUGAGUUAGAUGAAGACCAGCCCGUUUGCCACUCGCGUCUUCUGGGUCCCCCAACGCCUAAUUCUUCCUCCUCCUCUUCCUCUUCUGUGGUCUCUCCGUGGCCUGGAGGUCAGCUGGACACCGAGACCAUUAAAGCCGUGGAGGACAGUGUCGAUCGGCUUCUGAGAACCAUGACUCAAGCCGAUCAAACCGAGCUGAAGACGCUUUUGAGACUCAAUAAGAAAAUGGCCAAGACAGUGGGACACAUUUUUAACCUGGAGCCUCAUGACAAGAGCAAAGAGGAGGAGAUCCGCAAAUACAGCCUGAUCUACGGGCGCUUUGACUCCAAGAGGAGGGAAGGGAAACAGCUCACCCAUCAUGAGAUGCUCAUCAAUGAGGCGGCGGCUCAAUUCUGCAUGCGGGACAACGCUCUGCUGUUGCGCAGAGUUGAACUCUUCUCAUUAGCACGACAAGUGGCCAGAGAAUGUGCCUACACCUCAACAUUUAAACAUCACAGGACAUACUCAGAUGAUUGUACACCCUCUGUUGACUGUACUGCUCAGAAGAGAAUCAAGCUUGAUGUCACAGAUUCGGACAGGCUUUCUAAGGACCCGGUAGCCAACAGUGACAUCAGAUCUACAGCAGAUGACAACAGCCUCUCUGGAGAAAGUCUAGAUAGUUUAACACAAGAUAUCAGCCCUCAGUUGCACCCGUCCUCGUCCCCUCACCCCCCCACCGACACCACUGGCCUCAUCACCUGGAGUCGCCAGCUCAUGCAGCAAACUCUCAUGGAUGAGGGCCUCAGAUUGGCUAGAAUGGUGUCACGUGACCACGCAAGCAAAGUCAGCCUAGGGUCAGAAAAGAGACAGAUUUCAGAGAUGGAGGAGAAGGUGUCCGAUAGGAGAGGAUCGAGUAACAGAAGCAUCAGUCCAGCGAACACCAAAGACGAUCCAUAACCGAUAUUCUGCAAGUCUCUGUGUUGAACUCAGGUCGGAUAUCAUCAGCCAUGGUGUUCGGUUCGCUACGUUCAUUAGUUCUGUUCGGUAUUUUAGAACCUUGUGCUCU